UACUCUUUGGAAAUCCCCCCCUUCUCUCUUAAUGUUCUUCCCUUUACUAAUAUACAAAAAGAAGGAAUAAAUUUCGUUUAAUUGUAGGCAGUUAGUUGCCCUGCAUGUGCUCUGCCAUCGCACAGAGUCUGCUUUUUAGAGUAAUAAUCGCACCGCCCAUUUCUCUCCUUACAAUCUUAUUUUGUCAUAUAACUCCAAUUUGAUUCUCUUCACAGCCUCUUUGAACUAUAUAAAAGCUAUCACUCUGUUUUUGACAUUAUAAUCAUAGGCACAAUGGGAGAAGAAAUGAAACAGGAGCCAGCAAAGGAAGAAGUGAAAACAGAGGAGAAAGUAGAAGAAGAGGAGAAAAAAGAAGAGCCACAACCACCUUCACCUUUUGUUUUAUAUGUGGACUUGCAUUGUGUAGGAUGUGCCAAGAAAAUUGAGAGGUCCAUUUCAAAGAUUAGAGGGGUUGAAGGAGUAGUAACAGACAUGGCGAAAAAUCAAGUGACAAUAAAGGGUGUAAUAGAGCCACAAGCAGUGUGCGAGAGGAUUACGAAGAAAACUAAGAGAGUUGCAAAAGUAUUGUCACCCCUGCCGGCUGCUGAGGGUGAACCAAUUCCUCAAGUUGUUGCUUCACAGGUAAGUGGAUUGACUACUGUGGAGCUUAAUGUCAACAUGCAUUGUGAGGCCUGCGCCGAGCAGCUUAAAAAGAAGAUUCUGAGAAUGAGAGGAGUGAGAAGUGCGGAAACAGAAGCCAGCACAGGCAAAGUUACGGUGACAGGCACUAUGGACGGUAACAAACUCGUCGACUACGUCUAUCGACGCACCAAAAAGCAAGCCAAAAUUGUCCCUCAGCCCGAACCCGAGCCCCAAAAGCCCGUUGAAGAGACAAAGCCCGAUGAGGCAAAGCCCGUUGAAGAACCAAAGCCUGAAGACAAGAAAGACGAUGAUGGAGCCGCCCCCGAGAAGAAAGACGGGGGCCAGGGAUACGCUGAAAAACCACCGGAGGAAGAAAAAAAAGAAGAAGGUGGCGGCGGAGGAGGAGAAGAGAUGAUCGUUCCAAUUGGAGAACAUGAUGAUGAGCAUACCAUUAAUAAGAUGAUGUAUUACUAUCAGUAUCAGCCACUUUACGUUAUUGAAAGAAUUCCACCUCCGCAGCUCUUCUCAGAUGAAAACCCUAAUGCGUGUUGCAUUACAUAAUUAAUAAACAUGCAACAAACUAUAGUACUUAAUCAAUCCUCACACUAAGUUUUUAUGAUAUUGUGGGGGUGAUGAUUAAACACGUAGGAGUAUUUAAUUUGUUGUAUGGAUGGUCAUCAUGUGAAGGGGAUUAUUCUAUCUCUAGAUGAAUAAUGAUAAAUACCAAUAUUUAUCGUGUAAUAUAUAUCUAAUCUUGGAUAUAGUAUUCAAGAGUAGAUAUAAAAAUGUAACAUCAUUAUUGUUUUUUGUUAUGUAUAUAUAUUAAUUACCAUC